GAAACUGCAUCAGUUCAGCGCGCGUUCGGGGGGAAUUUCAAGCGCGGCGACGCGGGCGGUGUUUACCGGCGGCCGCUGCAUCUCCUUCCUUUCCUCCAUCGUAGCGCGCAGCGCAGCGCAGCUCAGCUGGGAACAGAAGAGCGCUGCGAUAGGGUGUCCGAGGCGCGCUGGCAGGCAGCGGCAAGCGGCGGAGGAGCGGAACCCCGAACCAGGGUGCAGGGGGGCUCGCCUCCCGCUGGAGAUCUCUCCCGAGAGCAGCGGCGCCAUUUUGCGUGGUGAUCACAUAUUUUCUUCUUAAAGAUUUUGCUUCCAUCAGUUUGAUCAGGGUGGUCUGUAUGGACUUGGGCGCUUAAGCGAAGAAUGGCUCUGCGUGCAGCCUGCAGUGGGUUAGUGGUGCGGCGCGGCACUGAACUAACCUGAACACUACUGGAUGCCCGUUGUAGUUGACCAAUUAUGACGACCGAAGCUGGGUCUACAGUUCAGGUAAAGGAGGAGUCAAAAGAAAUGGAACAGGGUGAUUUUGAAGCAUCAAAUCCUGACAAGUCUGCCAGUUUAAAUCAGGAAUCAGAGAAAGAAAUUCAGGAAGAUAAGCAGCCUGAAUCCACAACACAGCCUCAGAAGGAACAGGAGUCAAGUCCUUCAGUUUCAAGUGCAAGUACGCAGGCCACUCCUUCUGUUAGCAGUGACAAAAAGGAUCAAUUGAGUAGUAAAGGAUUGUCCCGUUUUUUGCCUGGAUGGUUAAAAAAGCAAAAACCACUUUCCCAGGUGGAAACUACAGAAGGGAAAGAAGCCGAUGAGGGCAUUCAAGCUGACGAGAGAAGUUCAGAAAAUGAACAACCAGGGUUUAUGAAGACUGCAUUAGAAAAUGAAGUGGUGAAAGGAUUGGAAGAAGAGCAGAGCCAUACAGGUGAAAUAAGGGAGCAACAGUCUUUGAGUAGUGCAGGACUGCAGCCAGAUGAGGACAAAAAACUUGAAGAAGCUUUGGAUAAGGAUACAGAUGUGAACAAUGAAGAGGUCGUACCAGAUGACAAAAAAGAUGAGACUAGCAAAGAUGAGAUUCAGAAAGAUGAAGAUAUAAGCAAAAAAUCCCCCCUGAAAAUUCCCAGAAAGAUUAAGAUGGUGCAGAGCAAGGUCUUUAUGCUGGAUGGUUCAGAGUUUACUUAUGAAAUUGAGAAACGUUCCAAAGGGCAAAUAAUGUUGGACCGGGUGUGUGAACAAAUCAAUUUAUUAGAAAAAGAUUACUUCGGUCUCACUUUUCGGGAUACUGCUGGUGAGAAGAAUUGGUUGGACCCUGUGAAGGAAAUAAAGAAACAAAUUCGAAGUUGUCCUUGGCACUUUUACUUUAAUGUAAAAUUCUACCCCCCUGAUCCUUCACAGCUAACUGAAGACAUCACAAGAUAUUAUUUGUGCCUUCAACUCCGGCAGGAUAUCAUAUCUGGUCGUUUACCAUGUUCGUUUGUAACUCAUGCCCUUCUUGGUUCUUACACAUUGCAAGCGGAACUUGGGGAUUAUGAUGCCGAAGAACACAAAGCAGGUUAUGUCGCAGAAUUACAGUUUGCUCCAAACCAAUCGAAAGAAUUGGAAGAAAAAAUUUCUGAACUGCAUAAAACACACAGGGGUUUAACUCCAGCCCAGGCUGAUGCUCAAUUUCUGGAAAAUGCCAAGAUGCUUUCCAUGUACGGUGUAGAUUUGCACCAUGCUAAGGAUUCAGAAGGAGUGGAUAUUAUGUUGGGUGUAUGUGCAAAUGGACUGCUCAUCUACAAGGAUCGUCUCAGAAUUAAUCGAUUUGCUUGGCCAAAAAUUCUUAAGAUUUCUUACAAACGGAGCAAUUUCUAUAUUAAAAUUCGACCUGGAGAAAUAGAUCAGUUUGAAAGUACUAUUGGUUUCAAGUUGCCUAAUCACAGAGCAGCAAAGCGAUUGUGGAAAGUUUGUGUGGAGCAUCAUACUUUUUUCAGGUUGCUGUCUCCCGAGCAAACCCCAAAAAGCAAGUUCCUGACUUUAGGUUCCAAGUUCCGCUACAGUGGGCGCACCCAGGCUCAAACGCGGGAGGCAAGCAUUCUUAUUGACAGACCUGCACCGUAUUUUGAACGUACUUCAAGUAAACGAAUGUCCAGAAGCCUUGAUGGAGCUCCAGUAGGUGGCAUUAAUGAAGUGGGUCUCCAGCAGGAAUCGUCAUGUCUAGAUUCAACAGCAGAGGACACUGCAACAGCAGCUGCUGUUGAUAAAACAGAAGUAGAAAAAGAGUUGGCACUGAAAGAUGUAACCACUGAUUUGAAACCUUCACAGCUGCAAGUAUCUGUGGAAGCAAAGACAGAACAGGAUGAAACAGCACCUCAACAACUAAAGAAUAAGUCAUUGAGCAUAGGAGGAGAAAAUAUUUAUAUCAGACAUAGCAAUUUAAUGUUGGAGGACCUUGAUAAAACCCAGGAGGAUCUAUUGAAACAUCAAGCUAGCAUUAGUGAGCUAAAACGCAAUUUCAUGGAAUCCACACCUGAACCACGUCCAAAUGAAUGGGAAAAUCGGUUGACUAAACCCUUAAUACUGCAAACAGAAGGGAGCUUAGAAGAGGAGAUAACAUCGCUCUUAUUUAGUAAAGAAAGCUUCUCAACUGGCUUGAUGGCCUCACCUACUAUUUCUCAGGCAUCAGAGGAUGCUGGGUUGAAAGAAAAAGAUGCUGCUGAAUCUGUUUCUCACAUACACGCCAAGCAGCUGUCUGAGACCUCAGAUGAGAAACAGAAAUCCGAGCUGGAGGAGCAGGCAGAGGUUGUAGUAGAAGAAGCAGUAGUGAUUGAAGAGGUAAAGAGUGCACCCAGCCAUUCAAAAGUAAAACUUGAAAGCUCUGUUGAAAACAGGACAAUUUUGCCCCUUGUUGAAUUGGCAGCAAAAGAGAGUAAUGUCUCAUCCUCUGAUAGCCAUAGUGACAGUGAGGAAGAGGCAGAAUACCACCCACAGACCAAGGAAGGAGAAAAUAUAAAGAGAGACCAAAAUGAAUUUAAGACACUGACUACAGUAGCAAUGGAUUUUAAGAAUUCAGUAACAAAUACUGAAGAAAUGCAUUUUCCUGCUACUGUGAUACAUAAAAUGCAGGAUGUUCUGGAAGAAGAUUUGCAAGAAAUGCAAAAUGGAAAAUUGCAGGAAGCAAUGCACGAGCAAGAGCAAGAAGAUACCAAACCCAAACUAAAUGGAGAUGUUUCGUAUAUUGAUAGUGAUGCUAUGCCAGAAGUUGUUUGUUACUCAGAGCCUCCUGUAGUAAAGACCGAAAUGGUGACAAUCUCUGAUACUGAGAGUCCCGACAAGACUGAAAUUACGACAAAAGAAGUUCCAAUUGUUCAAACAGAAACUAAAACCAUUACAUAUGAAGCUGCACAGGGUGAUGGCAGUGGAGAUAAUGAUCCCGGUGUCCUGAUGAGUGCUCAGACAAUAACUUCUGAAUCUUUUUGCACAACCAUGACAACCCAGAUUACCAAGACUGUUAAAGCUGGAGUUUCUGAAACGAGAAUUGAAAAGCGAAUUGUCAUCACAGGGGAUACAGACAUAGACCAUGAUAAGGCCUUAGCCCAGGCAAUAAAAGAAGCCAAAGAGCAACACCCAGACAUGUCAGUCACCAGGGUAGUGGUACAUAAAGAAACAGAGCUCACAGAGGACGGGGAGGAUUAAGUUAAGAAAUGAAUAUUGGCUGAACUGAAUGUAGGAUUUGAACUGCCAUGAUCAAUGAAGAAAAGCCUUGGAGCAUUCGAAGAUUAUCUAUAUUACAGACAUCCAUAGUGUGAAUAUUUGAAGAUGUUAAAGACCAGCAGAAACUCAUGGUUCGAUUUAGACAUUUAAAACAGUUAUCUAAUAAUUUUACCAUUCAUUCUUUACUAAUUUGUUGGCUUAUUAAAAUGUACCACAUCUACACACUGUUAGGAUUUAAUAUCCAUGCAAAGGCUGCAAUGUAGGUUUCUUUUAAAGAAAUUUUGUACAGAAUGUUAUAACUAAUUUAGAUACAGUACGUGGAUCCGUUUCAGAAACUGAAUAUGUGUAAACCUGUUACAGAAACAUUUUUUAGCAUGAUCAAGUAGUUACCAAAUAUUAUGGAAAAGGAAAAUAUGAGAAGACUUCAUGUCACUUAAGAGAGUUAAGUCUGUUCAGGAAAAUCUUCUGUGCCACCUGUUAAGCUAAAAACAAAAUUUGAAGGGGGCCUGAUGCAGGCAAGUUAUCAUUCCAACAAAUUUUUUGCACUGUUAAGCAUUUACUCUAUAUUUUCUUAGGUCAUCCGUGGAACUAGGAUAUCUAUACUGGAAAAGGAUACUUUUCUAUUACUUAACAUCUCUUUAACCAAAUAGGCAGCUUAAAAUUUAAUACUUUUAAAUCAUGUUUCUUCAAUUGAAGCCAAAUCAUAAUAUUGAAUACAUUUCUAUAAAUUCUUUUAUGUUCUUACUAUGGAAGAUUAAGCUUUAGUGUGUAGCUGUUAAUCGGCAAAUUGUGUUGCAGAGCUAAAAGCCUUGUCGAAGUUUUGAGGAAGAUUUGAAAUUUUUAAAAAUUGUAAUAUUUUGUCUUUUCUGUAGAUAAUAUGGCUUUUAAACAAAUUUUAUUAUGCUUUUGACCUUUAUAUCUAGGCAAACAACCAAAGUAGCACUCUGGCAGCUUAAAAGUUGUGCUGUGGUAUUCCUGCUUCAUGUAAUCCUGUUUUAAAAAUAAAUAAAUAU